UAAUUUUAAUUCAGUUUUCUAAUAUGUCUUGUCCGGGAAUCCCUGAACCUUGAAAGAAUGGUCUUCCUCAAGGCUAUAAAAUAAAAUAUGUAAUUAUAUGUAUGAAUUAUCUAACGAGAGUGACGCAAAUCUCGUCUUCUUAUAUACACAUAACGGAAACCGGUCAUUCUCCCUCCAUAUUUGACCACUGUCCCCACCUCUUAAUUCUUUUGCGAUCAGUCUGAGAACAUUCUGUAUAAGAAGCUAGUUUAUAUUUAUUUGUGCCCAGGUCAAUAAGACGUUGCCGGCAGUGAGUGUCAAUCUGUCAUUUCUUUCGGCAAAUUUUGGUGGUUUGUGUGUUGUUUAUGUAACUGUUUACUCGAGUGAUAAAAUCAACAAUUAUCGAACAAAAUUGUACUUGUUUCGUUUUAAACAAUAAAAUGUUUAAAAUUCAUUUUAUUUAUCAGAACAUUUAUCAUGGCAUGAAAGUAAUUGUGUAAGAAUAAAUACUGAAUAUUUUGACGAAAAAGAUUUGAUUUAAGAACCAAAUCAUUUGACUAAUCAAAUUGUUAAAGAACUGGAACUAUGGAUAAAUUAUGUAUCAUCCUUUUAAUUUCUUCAUUAUUGCAAUAUCAGGUGCAAGCUGUUCCUUAUAAUCUGACAAAAACUCGCUAUGUGAGUUCUGAUGUUCUUAAGGACCCAGAUGAGCCUAUUCACACGGUACAGGAACGUCGAUUGCAUAAUUGGUAUUCCUUUUUUCUAGCAAAUAAUAGAGCACGAUCGCCUGACACAGAUGGGAAAAUAAUAUUUCCUGACGAUGUUUCAAUUAGACCAACUCCAACACCACCAAGAUCAGUCCCAGUAUGCAAAAAUUCUACAUUUUGUGAGCAAGCACAAGAGUAUCCUAAAGAUUAUCUGAAAAUUGCUUUAAGAAUGAAUCCUGAUUUGAAGUAUCUUGCUUCGGUUGAUGAACCGGUAGAGAGAACUGAAAUCGAUCAGAGAAUAGAUGCAACAACUGAUGAUAGUCUUUGCCUCGCUCGAGAAAAUGUGGUGUUUCCAAAAAGCGCUGAGAAUAAGCAGAGACAGUGGCGUUAUAUUGUAAAUGACGAUGAUUUUCUUCAAGGCGUUCGUAUUGAAACGUGCAUGUCUGAAGGUAGUGGCUGCCGAAUAAUAGAAGGAUUUGCUGAAGGCUAUAGAACAUAUUGCAAACAGAAAUAUAUCUAUCGUCAAUUAGCAUCUAUUACUACUGAUGGAUCGUUAUCACCAGAUUUUUUUAAGUUUCCAUCCAGCUGUUGUUGUCAUAUUCACUUUGUUGGAAGUCCAAUGGAAAGAAUAGGUUUUAUUGGUCGAUCACGAGAGAAAGGCAUGUCCAAAGCAAAGAGUAGUAAUUGAAGACUUGCAUUUUUCAUUUACUUGUGUUCAGAGAAAAUUAAGAAAUGUUGCUCAUUAAAUUAUAUUGAGUUAAUAUAAAAUAUAUUAAUAUGAAAAUUUAUCAAUCAAA